GUAGAAUUUUAUAAUCAGUCUUGGAUUUUAGUUAGUUUAAAUUAUUAUUAUUCUCAAAUAGAUAUUACAGUAUGGUAUACAGCAGGUAAAACUACUAAUGUUGCAGAAUUUGCAUAUGCUGAUAUUAAUCAUGAAGAAAAAGGAUUAAAUUUAAUAAAUGCUAUUAAAAAGUAA